GGCAUGUCCAUCGGUGACACGCCAUACAUCGCAGGUAUAAAAAGACUGAGUACCUCCCUCGAAUUCCUCCGUAGUCAACCAUCCUGCAGCAAAGAAAAGAAGGGGGAAAAAAAGAGCCAUGCAUUUCCGUGUCUUCGUCGGGCUGGCCCUGGCCACGGCAGGCCUGGCUGCUCCCUCCAACCCCCAUCGUGCCCAUUCCAGCCUCUCCAUCCAGAACUUUAAGUCCAAGAUCAAGAAUGUCGUCGUCCUGUGCAUGGAGAAUCGGUCUCUUGAUAACCUCCUGGGUGGUCAGAAGCACCCCGGCCUAGACAACCCCGUGAACAACGGUCCUUUCUGCAACCCCUACAAUGUGACCGAUCCGUCGCAGGGCCAACACUGCACCGAGCCCAGGGACUACAACUCGGUCAAGAAUGACCCCAGCCACGCCGUCACCGGUAACACGAUGGAGUUCUUCUCAGACUGGACUCCGGAUAACGCCUUGAUCGCUCAGGGCCGCCUGCAGCCCAACAACUUGGGCUUCAUCCACGAGCAGGUCCAUAACUACGGUGCAAAGGCGAAUCGCACUGUCCUGGCGCAGCAGGUGAUGAACUACUACACCGAGGAGGAAGUCCCCGUUAUGACCUAUCUGGUCAAGAAUUUCCUGACCUUUAACCACUGGCAUUCUGAUGUUGCCGGCCCUACAAACCCCAACCGCUUUGCUCUGGUUGCCGGUACAUCCGCUGGCCAUGGCACGAACGAUGAUACCUUCGGUACCUUUGCAUUCACCCAGCGCUCCAUCUUCCAGCAGCUGAGCGAGUCCAACCACUCCUGGCUCAACUACUGGGACACCGCCGGUGGCACAGGCCCCGAAGCGCACUGGUUCAGCUGGACCAAGGAAACUGGCAACGAGGGCAAGGUCGUCCCUCUGGCCCAAUUCUACGCGGACGCCGCCAAUGGAAGCCUCCCCGAGUUCUCGUACAUCAACCCAUCCUGCUGUGGGGUCGGCACAAACUCCAUGCACGACAGCGGCCUCAUCUCCGAUGGCGAAGCUCUCAUCAAGGACGUUUAUGACUCCCUCCGUGCCUCCCCUCAGUGGGAAAACUCUCUCUUCAUUAUCACAUACGACGAGAGCGGUGGUUUCCACGAUCACGUUCCGCCUCCUCUUGCACCCCGUCCGGACAAUCUGACAUACACCGAGAAGACGCCCAACGGGCAAACUUAUACAUACGAGUUUAACCGGCUCGGUGGACGGAUUCCUACCUUCCUCAUUUCUCCGUGGAUCCAGCCCGGUUUCGUGGAGCAGAAGGGCGUCAAUGAUAAUCGCGAGAGUGUGUCGUAUUCGGCAACCUCUAUUCUUCGCACACUUGGGUACCUUUGGGAUUUUGAGCCCUUUAAUCCUCGAGUUGCGGCGGCAGCGACGUUUGACCAUUUGAUUUUGCCGUUUUCUCAUGAGGCUCCUUCUUCUCUUCCUGCUCCUGUUCCGUUUCGUCAGUAAGCUAUGAAAGACAGGCGGAGAUAUGUGGCUGAUUGAGGUGAAACAUGUAGUGAAGUUUAGUUACACGUUCCUUAUGAUAGCUUGAACAUCGUCGAUUCAUGAUAGAUAUACUAUACAAAC